GAUAACCAAACGGUCAACCAGCCAUGAGCAAGUCUUAUUCCUCUUCGGCCCAGUCGGCCUCCUCGUACCGUCGCACCUUCGGCUCUGGCAUCGGGUCAACUCCAAUGUCCUCCCUCUACUCAUCUGGAGGUGGUGGCCGCAGCUCCUCUGCUGCAAGCCACAUGUCUUCCAGAGUCUACGAGGUUAAGAAUGCUAAUCCUUCCUAUUCUUACCGGGUGUCCUCUGGUGCUGGGGGAGCAGGCUAUGGCUCCUCUGCAGCCGUUCGCACUUAUUCUGGCGAGAAACUCGACUUCAACCUGGCCGAUGCCAUGAACCAGGACUUCCUCAACACAAGGACCAAUGAGAAGGCUGAGCUCCAGCACCUCAAUGACCGCUUCGCAAGCUACAUCGAGAAGGUCCGUUUCUUGGAGCAGCAGAACGCAGCGCUGACGGUGGAGAUCGAGAAGCUGAGGGGCCGUGAGGGGCCCGGCCGCGUGGCUGAGAUGUACGAGGAGGAAAUGAGGGAGCUGAGGAGGCAAAUAGAGGCCCUCUCCAGCCAGCGCGCCCGCGUGGAGGUUGAUAGAGACAACCUGGCUGAUGACCUGCAGAAACUGAAGCUUAGACUGCAGGAGGAGAUCCACCAGAAGGAAGAGGCUGAGAACAACCUUUCUGCCUUCAGAGCCGAUGUUGACAAUGCCACUCUGGCCAGGCUGGACCUGGAGAGACGCAUUGAGAGCCUGCAAGAGGAGAUUGGCUUCCUCAAGAAGAUUCAUGAAGAGGAGAUCCGUGAGCUGCAGAGCCAGAUGCAGGAGACUCAGGUCCAAGUCCAGAUGGACAUGUCUAAACCCGACCUGACUGCCGCUCUGAGGGACAUCCGUGUGCAGUAUGAAGGCAUCGCCGCCAAGAACAUCUCAGAGGCUGAAGAAUGGUACAAGUCUAAGGUGUCUGAUCUGAACCUGGCUGUGAAUAAGAACAAUGAUGCGCUGCGUCAGUCCAAGCAGGAGUCCAUGGAGUACAGGCACCAGAUUCAGUCCUUCACCUGUGAGAUUGACUCACUCAAGGGCACCAACGAGUCUCUGCUGCGCCAGAUGAGAGACAUGGAGGAUCGCAUGUCCCGCGAGGCUACUGGUUACCAGGAUAACAUCACACGGCUGGAGGAAGACAUUGCUAAAAUGAAGGAUGAUAUGGCUCGUCACCUGAGGGAGUACCAGGACCUCCUCAAUGUGAAGAUGGCCCUUGAUAUUGAAAUUGCCACCUACCGCAAGCUGCUGGAGGGAGAGGAGAGCAGGAUCACUUUGCCAGUCCAGUCUGCUUAUUCCUCUAUUGGAUUCAGAGAGACCAGUCCUGAGUCCCAGCAUCAGCGCUCCUCAGAGGUUCACUCCAAGAAGACCGUUCUCAUCAAAACCAUAGAGACCCGCGAUGGAGAGGUUGUCAGCGAGUCCACACAGCAUCAGCAAGACAUCAUGUAGACUGGACGGAGCAACGUUAGAAACACCAAAUGCUUUAUUGAUGUUACUUUCCUUCUCUCAAAAAACAUCUGAAUUUGAUAAAUCUUGUCUGCAAAAAUAAAUUAAGUGGCAAGUAUAGAGUUUCAAAUGAACAACAAGGCUUUGUGUAGGCCCAGUAUCCACAGGGAGGUUUCCAACGUGCAUGACGGAUCAAAGUGCCUUAAACACCAUGCUCAAAGGUGAUAUUGUAACAGUACGUUUCCCUGCACAUAUUCCAAGUCUUUCUGUGCAAAUGCACAAGUAUAUAACUUGAUUAAGACAGGUUUUAAUUUGUGUAACUGAUUUAAGGAAGGAUGUUGUGUCUGAAACAUCUGAUGAAAAAAGGAACUCAGUCAUGUUUGAAGUCUGAGCAUGUGCUGGGUGAUUGUA